AUGGAAACUAGAGAGCGUGCUUCGCAACUGGUAGCAGCAGUAAGCACCAAAGGGGAACGGCUAGUUAGUUACUCGGUGUGUGAAGCGGAAGGAAGAUCGAUGGAUUACGGAGAAGAUCGUAGUGCCUCAUGGAACUGGCAAGUUCAGAACUAUGAUCACCAGCCACAGUCUAAUUUCUCUGACGUAUCGAUGACGGAAGUCACAUUAAACCAAGAAGAUCACUCAUACAUGUUUGAUGAUCAUUCCACCCCUGUCAAGGCCUGUAGCGAGCUGGGUUAUCAUGUCACAACAGAUGAAACGACCAAGAAGCUGGAAGUGCAAAGUGAGACUCGCUCUGCUGUAAAGAGGCGUCGGAUGUUACAAUUCGAUGACCAGCCUAUGGAAACAUGUCUUUUCAGCAGUGAGAGCUUCUCUUCAAUCUUAAAAUCAAGCGCUAGAGAGGAAACAUUUGAUGAGCUUUUGCCUGAAGGAUCUGAGCUUAUAGAAGGUUUUUCAGCGGACGCUUCUGCUUCAAGCUUGGACUUGGAGGGCCUUGAUCUGUAUGCUGAAGAGUGGUACGCUGAUUGCCUAAAUGAUGCUGAAACUCCUAUCCUACCUGAUGACUUAAGCUUUGGUUCCCCUGAUGUCCAAGUAGAUAUAUCAGGUGAGGUUUCUAUCUGUUGGACUCUUAUUUUGUUUCCUGUAGUUCUGCUUUUCAUUAAUACAAUCCCUUUGUUUGGCGCAGAGUAUCUAAAUGUGCCACCAGAACCAGAGGCCAGGGAAGUUAGGCGACCUAUGACUCGAUCUUCUCCAAAUGUUAUAUUUAAAGGUAGGAAAUCAUUUUCAAGGCCGAUUCCAAAGCUGCCAUCUUCUAUCAUCUAUCCAUUUGCGUUCAUCAAACCAUGUGGUGUUCACGGCGACAUGACUCUCAAGGACAUCAACCAGAAAAUCAGAACACCAACAGCAAAACCAAAGGAAGAUAAAUUAGAGCCUCCAGUGAUCCAGACAUCAGCAUUUUCAGGGAAACCAGUUGUUGGGAAGACUAAAAUCCGCACAGAAGGAGGAAAAGGAAGCAUCACGAUAAUGAGGACAAGAGGCUAAGCUAUAAGUUAAGUAGUAUUUAAUUUACUGCUGAAAAACUCUUUAAAACGUUUUUUUGCCUUAUUCUCAGAGGCCUCUUAAAUCCUUUUUUACCGGAUAAUAGUUACAAGUGAAGCGGCUAAUGAUCUUCAAGAUCUUAGCAUGAAACCAUGUUCUUGUUUCGUUUUGGUAUCUGUAUAACGAAAGUGAAAUCAAUGAGUUGUGACUGUGAGCCAAUGUGGUAGGUUAUUUUUUUUUGGUUUGUAUAAAGUCUAUGGUUCUUAAUGUAGCUGAAUGUGAAAUGCCAAAACUCUUGAGUUUAUGUUUCUCAAAGUCUAAGUGGAG